GAUCUGCUCUGAUUCUGGUCUGAUCUGCUCUGAUUCGGAAGCUGGUAUCUUGUUCUGGACUCAAGUGGAAGGGCUCGGAAGACAUAGGACCAGUAAGGACACUAAACUGCCCACACCGGUUAAACGUCAUUGGUUGGCCUAGUGUGAAGAUUCGUAUAAGUCGUAUCCGGAUUGGUAGAUAAGUCGUGUGAUCGAAAAGUCAGACAUCCAAGGUCAUAACAAUUGGCGACGGGGAUUUUGGCAAAAACAAAAUAAUUGGGAGACGCAAGGUCAUAACAAUUGGCGACGGGGAUUUUGGCAACAAAGAAAUAAUAAUAAUACAAGUGGUGACUCAGAUUUUGGAAAUAAAUUAGCUGUAUAAUUGCCGGUGAUUUUUGGAGCUAAUAUUAUUGGCAAAAAAAAAAAUGUCGAUUUCUUUCGAACAGUUGCGGUUAAUAUUACAGCACCAGCAGAAGAUGUUUGCCUUGCAACAAGAGCUAUUUAUAACAGUUUUGGGCAGACUUUGCAUUCAAGCAGAAAAUAAGAAAUCUAUAUAUCAUGCAGAUAAUGGUGCAGUAAUGGACAUUUCAGAAGCAUAUCCUGUGCAGGAUUCAAAUCCCUCUAUACCAGAAGGGAAACGUAAUAUUGGUAACGUGUCCAGCUCAGAGCAAGAAAAUAUUGUGUUAAAUGCACAUGAAGUUGUGACAAUACCAGAUGAUCAGAAGCCAGAUCCUGUAGUUGAUGCCCAGAGUCCAGAAUCAAAUGAAACACUACUGGUACUGUCUAGCUGCGAAAAUAAACGUCAGCUCGAACAAAAUUGUGGUCCACGUGCUACUAGUCGAGAAAGCUAUGGUGACUCGUAUUCAGAAAAUAACUGGAGCAACACGAUGAACAAAAUUGUACCAGAUGUUACUCAAAAUCACCGGAAGACAGAAUUUUAUAUUGAGUCAACUUAUCCCAUUUCUAAUGACAGUGUGCCAGAUAUUGAUUCUCAGAAUAAUGCAUAUGAUUUUGAUGAAACUUCUUAUAACAAUGAGGGAAAUAUGUCAGCUGAGUCGAAUGAUGGCCAAAAAUCUAACUUAAUUCUGUUAGACGUUGACUUUCUUAAUGACUCGUUAUCUGCUAACGAGAUUCAUAAUGAAUUUGAAAAUAAUGAACUCAGAUCAAAGGCCGUUCAUCAUCAUCUAGUCAUUUUUAGUGGCUUCUCCAGUCAAUACGAGAAACAUGGUUUAAAUAAAGUCCUACUAGUUGUAUUUUGGAGCCAUAAGGACCCAACCUUAUUUCGAGGAGGAGGAGAAUGUUGAGGAAUUUAAAGUCACAUAUAAUUUUUUUUUUUUAAAUCAGAAUCUAAAGUUGGGUUUUUCAAAAAAAAAAAGGGGAGGUGUUAUGUCCGAGUGGAGAUUAAAUUACAGGUAACUCCCGAGGACUAUUAAUGGACUAAUAUUCUAUAAAUAUUCUUAUUGUAUAAUUAUUCAACAAUUACAUUACAUAUAUUUAUACUCCUCUUAUUAUAAGCUUUAUUUUGACCUAUAACUUAUUAUUGUACGAUUUACGGUUCUUAAGUUAUGUUCAGCUUAUUAACUACUGCCUCCCACAUCCACAGCCACUUUUUGGGCUUAUUUGUGUACAAUAUUAUUUCCUAUUUUAUGGUACGUUGCGGUUUGUCUGAUUGAUAUAUAAACCAAGUAUGUCUGAAAUAAAUGAUCUGCUCUGAUUCUGGUCUGAUCUGCUCUGAUUCGGAAGCUGGUAUCUUGUUCUGGACUCAAGUGGAAGGGCUCGGAAGACAUAGGACCAGUAAGGACACUAAACUGCCCACACCGGUUAAACGUCAUUGGUUGGCCUAGUGUGAAGAUUCGUAUAAGUCGUAUCCGGAUUGGUAGAUAAGUCGUGUGAUCGAAAAGUCAGACAUCCAAGGUCAUAACAAUUGGCGACGGGGAUUUUGGCAAAAACAAAAUAAUUGGGAGACGCAAGGUCAUAACACCCAUCUAGAAAAAUAUGCGAUAUUCAGAUGACAAUCUUUAAGAAACAUUUUUUUCAAGUUGUAUCAUAAUAAAUAGAUAAAAUAAUAGCACACUCCUAUGCUAGGCAGAAUCUGUGCUAUUUGUUGUUUAAGUCUUACUUUAUGGGUACAAAGAACUUAUGGUUCAUCCAGCACCACUAUGAUGGACAAUUCACUGCCACAUUUCUUUGUCUUCUUCGUUCGGUUUUGUUCGUUUAAUCUCGUCUUACUUUAAUUACGAUCACAUUUUUAUUUUCGACCUAAUCAAACGUUCGUUUCUGUUUUUUCAUUGGUAUAACCAGUCUUGUUAUUUUAGGAUUAUUCAGUGAUAUGUGUGACCCUUUACCAAUUUUGAUAUCUGAUUACUUCAGUUUUAUUAUACUUUCCGCAAUUAUUGCUAUCUCCACUGUUAUGAUAAAUUUGCAACUGUUUUUUUGCAGUAAUUACGAUUUCUUUCAUUAUUUAACUUACAGUAAUCAUAACAAUCUUCAAAUGUUUCUUUUCUCCGAUUAAGUCAUGGUCUUUGUUCAAACCUGUUCAUCUAUGUAUUGAAUAUAUGUAGAUAUGGAAAG